AUGACUUCAAAGAGAGAAACCUUCACUAUAUGGAUGAAAUCGCUUGUGAUGCAAGGAAAUGGGUGCACUACCUUUGAUGAAAAUGGAAAAGUUGUUUAUCGCAUAGAUAACUACGACAACAAGCACAACAACAAAGUUUAUCUCAUGGAUCUCCGCGGGAAACUUCUCUUUACUCUAGGUGAGAAGAAAAUGAGCGUUUUUACAAGUUGGAAUGGGUACAAAGGCAACGAUAUUGGUGCCAAGAAGCGAAUGUUUCAAGUGAGAAAAAGUUGUAGAAUUAAUCUUGGAAAUAAAGCCUGUUCUUGUAAAGUAACAAUGGGAUCUGAUAGAAAUUGCUACAAGUUAGAGGGUUUGAAUUGUAAAUCAUCAUUAUCAACUUUCAGAAUAAGAGACAGCAAUGGAAGAAUUGUAGCAGAGGCAAAGAGAAAGCAGUCAAGUUCAGGAGUAGUUUUUGGAGAUGAUGUGCUGACUUUGGUGGUGGAGCCUCACGUUGAUCACUCCUUCAUCAUGGCUCUUGUCACUGUUUAUGGCUUAAUUAGACAUCCAAUAUGA